AUGAAUGAUUUAAAUCCACUUAUCAUUGAUCCUAUCACUUCGCGAAAUAAUGGCACUGGGGUCGUCAUCGAUAACGAAACAGCCAAGAUGAUUAAAGAUCUCGGUGUUCUUGGGACUAUUGAGGGACACGUUAGCUCAACCACAGCCGAAGCUGCUGGGCUACUCUCAGCUAUUUGUUCGUGUCCUCGUGGUCGUAAAGCAACUAUAUUCUGCGAUUGCAAGCCCGUGGUUGACCAAUUUGCAGUCAUAGCGAAGUCUACUGAAAAGAUUCCAACGCGGUGGCGGUGUGCCGACUUGUGGCACAUGAUAUAUGAAGCCUACGAGAAACAAGGCCGCCGAAUAACCGUCCAAUGGACACCAAGUCAUAGUGGAAAGGAUGGAAACACCAUAGCUGACCAAUGGGCAAAUAAAGCUCACUCCUCAGGCUUGGCAUCGUGGAGAAUAAAAAAGGCCACUGGCGCUACCAAGUAG